AUGCAGGCGAAAUUAAAUGUAAAUGCACUCUUUACUCUAGUGCCUAAUAAAUGCGAUUAUACUUUUUUGUAUGUUAUAGGAAGAGGUGGAUUUGGAAGAGUCUGGAGAGCUGAACAUAAGAAAACCAAACAUCAAUUUGCUAUCAAAGAAAUGUAGAAAUGCAAAAUUAUUAAUAAAAAAAGUAUUGGUUCUGUGAUGAAUGAGAGAUACUUAUUAAGCAAUCUCAGACAUCCAUUUUUAGUAAAUAUGCAUACAGCAUUUCAAGAUCGAGAAAGUCUCUACUUGGUAAUGGAUCUCAUGACUGGAGGUGACCUUAGAUUUCACAUCUGUAAAAAUAGGAAGUUUAAUGAAGAAUAGACAAAAUUUUUCAUCAUCUGUCUGCUUCUAGCCCUGGAGUAUCUCCAUCACAAUACAGUUAUACAUAGAGACAUCAAACCUGAAAAUUUAGUAUUCGAUAGAAAUGGAUAUUUGAGACUGACUGAUCUUGGCAUUGCAAGAAUUUGGAAGCCAGGGAAUGAUGGAGAUACAAGUGGAACACCUGGCUAUAUGGCUCCUGAAGUUAUGUGUAGAUAAGUUCAUGGAGUAGCAUCCGAUUAUUUUGCAGUUGGAGUAAUAGCUUAUGAAUGUAUGAUGGGAAAAAGGCCAUAUCUGGGUAAAACUAGAAAAGAGAUCAGAGAUUAAAUUUUGUCUAAACAAGUUACAAUUAAAACCAAUUAAAUACCAGAGGAUUGGUCUGAAGACGCUGCGGACUUUAUUAAUCAAAUGAUUCAAAGAAAACCAGUAAAUAGAUUGGGAUUCUAUGGACCUGAUGAAGUUUUCGCUCAUCCUUGGUUUAAGAAUGUUGAUUGGGAUGCCUAUUUAACACAAUCAAAAUAAGCUCCUUAUAAAAUUAAUUCAAAUUCCGAUAAUUUUGAUUACAAAUUUGCCAAUAUUAAAGAGCCAGAAGACGAAGCUUAGGCUAAAUAGAAUGCUGAACUGUUGAGAAGGGAUUCGAUCCAAGAAGCCUUCAAUGGAUACACAUAUAAAUCUUAGAAUUCGUAAUAAACAAUACAAGACUAAACUAAUUCCAAACCAACAACUUCUAUGAGCUAACAGAUUACUCCAACGAAAAAGAAACUGCUUGAUUCCGAACCAUAAGUUGAAUUGAAAUCUUAAAAGAAAUAUCAUUUAGUUUCAACUCCUAGAUUCAAUAAAAAAUUAAAUUUUACUGCUGAUCAACCUCUCACUGAAAGAGGACAAGCCAAAAAACAUUUUGAUUUUUGA